UAUGCAGUCGAUAACUUUGUAGUGUAUAAUCAGAGAAUCUCUGAUAUAAUAUAUACUUGGUGUUUAGUGUUUCGUAAUUUUCAGCUAAACAUUAUUUCAUUUUUAACUGAUAUGUGUAACCUAUAGAUAGUACAAUAAAAUCUUAUUUGUAUUCUAAAUCUACAUAAAUCAACAUCAGAGUGAUACAACGCGUACCGCCAUCCGUGUCGUACGAAACGUAUUAUUCCUUAUUCCCAAUGUUAUUAAAUCGAUUAACACUUAAGAUACAGAUUAAUGACUUAGAAUAUUGAAAUCACUAUUUGUACAUCAUAUAAUCAAAAAUGUCCACGAAAAUCUCAUUUCGUUCCUUUAAAAUCAUAAAUCAGAGUCAAGUGCCGAACGUAGUCGUCGAAGGUAGUAACUUUUGUUCAAAAAGUGUGGGAGUAGCAACGAACUUGCUUUCCGUCCUUCGAGACUAGUCUUAGUACUCUUAGUCAGAAGUCAGAACAGUGCAUUUCAUACAUUCUUCGGCGCGUUUGCGGUUCUUUUUAGUUGAAAAUGCGUGAGAAGAAUAUUGGAUGUUGUCUUUUUUGGAGCCUCUUUCUGACCUACCACGUGUUUAGCGAGACUCUACCAUCAACAGACAAAGACGAUGUAUUGGUGUUCACUAUUGCUUCGAACGAAACCGAUGGCUACAAAAGAUAUCUCAGAUCGGUCAAUGUCUAUGGAUUUCACGAUAAUUUGAGAGUACUUGGUUUGGGAGAACCAUGGUUAGGUGGUGAUAACAUAAAAACCAGCGCAGGAGGAGGAUACAAAGUAAAUCUCUUAAAGAAGGCUCUAGAAAAUUAUGGGGACGAUGACCAGAAAAUUGUUAUAUUUACGGACAGUUACGACGUGAUAUACUUAAGCGACUUGACUGAGAUCAUUAAUAAGUUUAAGAGUAUGGACGCUAGAGUUUUGUUUUCUGCAGAAGGCUCUUGUUGGCCAGAUAAAUCGCUAGCGUCCAAGUAUCCACCCGCAACUCUGGGGAAACGCUUUCUAAAUUCUGGAGGCUUCGUGGGCUAUGCUUCGGACGUUUACGCGAUUUUAACACAUGCCCCGAUAAAAAACAAGGAUGACGAUCAAUUAUUUUAUACGUUGGCGUAUCUCGACGAGGAAUUAAGGGAACGUCAUAAAAUUAAGCUGGAUCAUAAGUCUGAGAUAUUUCAGAAUCUAUAUGGUGCUGUAGCUGAUGUGGAGUUAAAAUUUGAGGGUGGCAAGGCUUCGCUUUUGAAUACUGUUUAUAACACAGAACCAUUGAUUCUUCAUGGAAAUGGUUACAGCAAGUUAUCGCUGAAUUCUUUGGGGAAUUAUUUGGCUCGUGCAUGGAGUCCUGAGGAAGGAUGCGUAAUGUGCUGGGAAGGAACGAUAGAAUUGGAUAGAACAACAUCGCAAUCAUAUCCAAUUAUAUUAAUCGCUAUAUUUAUAGAACGGCCGACUCCUUUCUUGUCCGAAUUUCUAUCGGCGAUAUAUCAGCAAGCAUAUCCAAAAUCGAAGCUACAUUUGCUUAUACAUAACAACGUAGAGUAUCACCAAGAUGUACUUGAUAAUUUUAUGAAAAAGGUUGAAAAGGAAUAUAACAGUAGUAAGCAAAUUUCUGUGAAUGACGCUAUGAGUGAAGUUGAUGCAAGAAACUUAGCCAUGGAUUAUUGCUUGUUAAAGGAAUGUUCUGGAUAUUUCUCAAUUGAUUCCGUUUCCCAUCUGGAUAACGAACAUACUUUGAAACUUCUAGUAGAACAGCAGCGAGAUAUCAUCGCACCAUUACUAGUCAGACCAUAUAAAAUGUGGAGCAAUUUCUGGGGAGCUAUAAUGGACGAUGGAUUCUAUGCUCGAAGUUUUGAUUACAUAGAGAUCGUCAAGAAUGAACGCAGAGGACUAUGGAACGUGCCGUUUAUCAGCAAUUGCUACUUAAUUAAUGCAACUCUAAUAAGUAACAAAGAAACUCGUCCAUCCUAUUCGGAAGGCGAUUUAGACACGGAGAUGGCUUUCGCUUAUGCUAACAGAGAACGAAACAUCUUCAUGUAUGUCAGUAAUAGAGUUGACUUUGGGCAUCUCGUUGAUCCAGAUAAUUAUGACGUUACGGUAACACAUCCGGAUUUCUAUCAAAUUCUCAACAACAAAUUAGAUUGGGAAAAAACAUACAUACAUGAAAAUUAUUCGGAAAACUUUAAUCCGAAUAAAACUCCGGUGCAGGUUUGCCCAGAUGUUUAUAGGUUCCCUAUAGUAAACGAGAGGUUUACAAAAGAGUUGAUAGAUAUCAUGGAAACGUUCGGAAAGUGGUCAGACGGAUCGAAUCAUGACCCACGUAUCGAAGGUGGAUACGAAGCCGUACCAACACGAGAUAUUCACAUGAAACAAAUCGGCCUCCACGAAUCUUGGUUAAAUUUUCUUUAUGAAUAUGUCAGUCCUUUGCAAGAACAUGUUUUUAUAGGAUAUAAUACGAAUCCACCUCGUGCACUCAUGAAUUUCGUCGUAAGAUAUCGUCCAGAUGAACAACCAUCAUUGAAGCCACAUCAUGAUAGUUCAACUUAUACCAUCAACAUCGCUCUAAAUAGGGCGGGGGUGGAUUAUGAAGGUGGAGGUUGUCGAUUUAUCCGCUAUAACUGCUCUGUUACGGACACAAAACCAGGUUGGAUGUUGAUGCAUCCUGGAAGAUUGACUCAUUAUCACGAAGGACUUCGAGUUACCAGUGGUACAAGAUACAUUAUGAUUUCAUUUGUCGAUCCUUAAUCGAUGUAUCGAAUUAUAUAUACAUAUUACAUGUUGACUGAUAAGGAACAAAAUAACUGUAUAAAGAAUGUUCAACUAUGUUCUCAUAUAUGUAAAUAUAUGAGACAGUAACAUUAGUGGAAAAAGCUGCCGAUACGAACAAAGUAUGUAUUUCAAGAAAAUAAGGUUCUUGUAUCAAUAUUAUUUUUAUAAUAUAGAAAGAAUAUUUGAGACAUUUAGUGAAUAUUAAGUAUUUGUAUGGAAAUAAAAUGUUAACCCGCA